AACUUACCAUCUCAUUUUCAUCAAUACCUAGAGCGAAAACCUCCGUGCUCACAAAAGUAGCUGUACCAGCACUCCACUCCACCAUGUCUCCUAACUGUCCCCACUCUCUUCCCACACCAUCCCCUACCCCCUCUCCAAAACCGCAUAAAUCCAAUCCCGGCGGCACCUGGUUCUCGCAAUUCCCCCCCUUCGUCUACGAUCCCACCGCAGGUCUAAAAUCCAACUUCGAGCGCCUCGCCAACGCCCGGAACUGGGGUGACAAACUCAGACGCAAGCGCUGGAACCAAUGUCAGGCCGCCGAAUUCGAUGCUGCCUAUGGGAAAGAUACAUCCAAGUUGGAGUCGUGGCAGGCGCUUUGUCGCGAGGUGCUUAUUACCGAGGUCCCGACGAGUAUUACACAGUGCAGAACGGUUCUCGGAAGCAAGAAUGUACUGGUUAACUUGGUGAAUCUGAUUGAUCAUCGCAACAUGGGGGUGCCUGUGAUACGGUUCAAGAGUUACGCGGCGUUUAGGAAAUAUACGACUGAUGGAAGGAUUUUUUCCAAGGAGAAGGCGAAGGAGGAGGGGUUUAUUAGGGCGCUUUUGAGGGUGCUUUAGUGGGGGUGGUGUGAGUAUGAGAAUGGGAAUAGGGCGGGGUCUCUGUGUUUCUCUCCUUUUUACUCUCUUUAGGUAGGAGUUAAAGUAUCCAUGCCCUAUCUUGAGAGAAUGAAAGAGCUUAAAAUAUAUCUUCUCGUGCCUCU